AUGAGAAUCAUCGCGAUCCUUUUGGCCUUUGCGGCCACAGCUCUCGCAAUACCAUUCGAAAAUUCAACUGUAGAGCUCACACCGCGGGCAUUCAUCACAAACCCCAAAGAAUGCCCAACCUCUUUCGUCCAACCACAUGGCGACUUGCCAAAAGGCGCCAGCUUCGCGCCCCGAGACGUCUUUGUGAUCAGCCGAUUACGACCUACCGAAUUCUUCAUGCCCGACAGCUGGGCCACUACAACUGCAAGAGACAAAUGCACCGUCUUCAACAUACCCAUAGAUGUCGACAGAGCCAGAGGCAAGACCUGCAAUCUCGUCUUCGACUUCCCCAACUUCAAGCAAGCACCAGGCAUAUCCCGCAUGGUCGGCCGAGGCCGCUUCAAGUUCCAUCCCUUUGCCCAUCGCGGCCCGGUCCCACGUCCCACCUUCACCACCUGGAGAAAUAAGCCUCCGCUUAGUAGUACACCCCCGAUUUCCAUCAAGCAGUUUAGUCCCGGCAACAGUUACGUUCUUAGCUCGGCGCCGUGCUGGAUUCCUCGGGAACAAAAGGGAAUAGUAGUGAGGAGCGGUAUGCUAUGCUCUGAUGACACUAUGCUGGCGUUCAAACAGAGUGACGACAGGUGUCCUAUGGGACUCUUUCUGAUCAUUUCCGAGCCAGAUGGUUCCGAUUAA